AUUUGCAGUCAGCGCCGUGUUUGCAAAUAUUGAGUCCGCUCCUGCGCAAGUGUCCUCCGCCGGCCGCGGGAGGGGAGAGCCGCCGCGGCCGCCUCGGGAGACGUCCUGCCUUGCUGUGCAAUUAAACUUUGCAUGAAACUUUGGGUCUUUUCUCCUCCCUAAGCUCCUCAAGGAAUUAAUAUAUAUCUCUCUCUGUAUAGAGAUUUUUUUUUUAAUUUUUUUUUUUCUUCUCUGGAGGAAGGGGGGGGGCUUGGAAACUGAGAGCAGAGGUUUGACACCCCCCCGCACACACCCCUCAACCCCUGCACAUAAAGGAGGCAUCUGUAUUUUUGGUAACCAGCACUGACUUUGUUGUUGCAACUUGAGACAUGGAUGUUCUCCCAAUGUGCAGCAUCUUCCAGGAACUCCAGAUUGUGCACGACACGGGUUACUUCUCAGCCUUGCCGUCCCUGGAGGAAUAUUGGCAACAGACCUGUUUGGAGCUGGAACGGUAUCUUCAAAGUGAACCCUGUUACGUUUCUGCAUCUGAAAUCAAAUUUGAUAACCAAGAGGAUCUCUGGACCAAAAUUAUUCUGGCACGUGAGAAAAAGGAGGAAUCUGAACUGAAGAACACGUGUGUCCCAAAAGAGGACAAUCUUACUAGUCAGAACUUAGAGACCAACAGUUUGAAUUCUGACGUGAGCAGCGAAUCUUCGGACAGCUCUGAGGAGCUCUCGCCCACGACAAAGUUUACCUCUGACCCUAUAAGCGAUGUUUUAGCCAGUUCAGGAAACUUGAGUUCGUCUGUCACUUCCACUCCCCCUUCGUCUCCUGAGCUGAGCAAGGAGCCUUCUUCCCAGCUAUGGAAUUGUACGCCGGGUGAGUUGCAUUCACCGGGGAAAAUUCGUUCCAGUACCGCUGGAAAGACUGCAGAAAAAGGUACACCCGCCAAUGGUGACACCUCGCCAGAUGGCAGAAGGCGUGUUCACAGGUGUCAUUUUAACGGUUGCAGGAAAGUUUACACCAAAAGUUCACAUCUGAAAGCACAUCAGCGCACUCAUACAGGGGAAAAGCCUUACAGAUGUUCAUGGGAAGGGUGUGAGUGGCGUUUUGCAAGAAGUGAUGAAUUAACCAGACACUUCAGAAAGCACACUGGUGCCAAGCCUUUUAAAUGUAGUCACUGUGACAGGUGUUUUUCCAGGUCUGACCACCUGGCCCUUCACAUGAAGAGACACCUCUGAAUGGGUCAAGAGGUGAAUCCUGCGGGCUAAGAGGCGUCAAGGUUGAAGAGCCUUGAGCGGAGGGAUGCGUGUUCCAGCCAAAGCAUGCCAUUUUGCACCCUACCCAGUUGCCUCCAGGACCUCACUUCCUUGAAGGUCUUUUGAGGGCUAAUAAGUCAUGUAAGAAACGGCAUAGCAACCGCGGUGCAUGAUGUUUGGGGUUUCCUGGACUCAUACACUGGUAUCUAACCUUCUGAGUGGCUCCUAAGCCUUUGCCGUGAGCAUGUGCACUGAGAAUGUUAAUGAUUGGGCGACUGUAUGCGAUGAGGAUCUCUUGAUGACUGUAUGCUGAGGCACAUUUUUUUUCUUGUGGUUGUUUUAUAACUGUAAGAGAAAAAAAUUAGUCUGAAUGUCUUGUAUGUGAGGAAUAUCUCGUGAGAUGGGACGACCACCAAUCAUUUCCAAGGGGUGGGGGGAGGGGUGUCUGCACCUUUUUAGAGGGAAAACAGAGAGGGGAAAGGGGGGAAUAAAAAGAGUCAGGAUGCCAGAAUGGAGAUGGGGGACCUCCCUGUUCCUGUGUGAGAGGAGCUUUAGGUGUCUGGUGCAGCUAUUAAACGUGCAAUGUGUCAAGUAGCUUGUUUUACUUGCUACAGAGCUCAUUUGUAAUCCAUUGUAUAAGCUGUGUAUUUACAAAUGUAACACAACUAUAACUUUUCAUUAUAAUACAAAGGUUAUUGCAUGGUUCUGGGGAACUAUAUGCUUUUCCAUUCUUUAAUCAGGACUGCAGUUUUGAUUCCAGUUAAGAGCAGCUAAAAUACAAUUGGUCUAAUGUUACAUAAUGUAUGGAACAUGAAUAAUUUUUUCUGUUGGGUGGAUAAAACCACUAUUGGUUAGAAACUGAUUUUUCUCAUGCAGCUAAUUUUUCUCUUAUUUAUGCCUUGAGGACUAACUUCUGGUUUUCUAGCUGUUAAUGCACUGUUGACCUUAAUAAUGGUGCCUUAUGCAAGUGACCUUCUCUUGUAGGGGGUCUUAUACAGGGGUAUGGGUGAUGCAUGCUUUAUUAAGGCUCUCUUUUCACCUGGCAUUGUACUGUAUCAAAUGUAUAAUAUGAGGGGAAAAAAAGGUUACUUCCAGGGUCCUCCUUCACAAAGACAAAUAUAGAGAAAAGUCAUUCAUGUCAGUACAGUAUUUGUUUAACUUAGACAAUUUGACUGUGUUACAGUAUAAUGCAUAUGCCAGUUGAAUACCUGACCAGUUCUGCCACCUUGAGACUUUUUUUAUAUUGACCUUGCACAACAACUGUGUAUAUACACACCCCAACUGUACUUAAUAUGUCGAGUUUUCAUACAUAUUAAAGAUACAGAAGUAUUAAAAGAUGUAUUUGCUUAAAAGGCACAAGUUUCACAUCUAUAUAUCUAGCUAUCUGUUGGUCAUACAGAAAGAAACUAUAUUACUUUUUUUUUAAAAGUGGGCAGAAAAAUAAUUGUGUAUGUAUAUUUGUGUGUACAGUCUGUGUAUGUGUGUAUAUAUAUAGAUAAUAUAUAAAUAUUUUUUUUAAAAGGAAAAAAAAUUAGAACACAUAGCUAGAAAAUGCCACAGCCCAUCAAAAUAUUCCCUCUCCCCCCCGCAAUACGGUUAUUAAGGAGACAAAGAAAUGAAAGAUACAAUUAAUUAAAAUCUAGCAUUUUUAGAGGCUUUACCUUUAGCUUAAUGGUAUGCUAAAGGCUUUGUUGGCAUUCAGUCCUUCUCAGACUGCUGACUGUGUUUUGUAGUUAUUAGGUUGUCUGGAAUAGCAUAUCUGUGGCCAUUUAAGAAUGAUAUGAACCGAAUAUUGGCAUGCUAAAAGAAUAUUAGCUGUGUGCAGAUGAAGUACACUCGGGUUUUGGCCUUCCAGCUUACUGGAGGACCUGUGAGUGAGCUAGUCGUUGUGGUGGUUGAGCUCUAAUUUUACAUAGUUCAGCUAAAAUAAAGACUGUUUUUUCCUAGAGUAGAAAUAGUCUGUCCAAAAGCAGUAUUUUUUUUUUUUUUUAAACCAGCUCACUACAGUCGAUGCAAUGAAACACGUAACCUGUUUCUUUUUCUAUUUAUUAUCGGUCUUGCUUACUAUGCUAAUAUUUUGGUAUAUCUUCCUGGAAAUGUAUGUAGAUAAGUGGUUUAAAAAAAGUAUAUGCAAGUGAUCUGGUUCGAAAGAAUACACAGGCUUAAAUCAUUCUCAUUUCAUUUUUGGUUUAAAUUGCCUGAAAAUGCACUUUUUUUUUUCUUCCCCCAAACAAACAAAAUUUCCCAGAAAAUGGAUUUCUAUUUAGGGUUGGGUUUUGUUGCAUUUUUAACUCCUUGUUUGCAUUGUCCUUGGCUUAGCCAUAAUUCUUAUAAACAAGAAAGUAAACAAAAGCAAAAACAAACAAACAAAAAACCAACCCCAGACAAAAAAAAAUUAAACUUGCACUGGCUUGUCUCAAUUGUGAAAUACCAUCAGACUUGUGUGGAUGGGGUGGGGCUGUGUGCCAUAUGUCAAAUGCCUGUAAUUUUCUUAAUAAGCAAGUACAUUUUGUUCAGGUGAUAACUGAGCCUCAAUCAAGCUGAAAAAUAAAAAAAAAUAAAACAUUUUUGCUUGAAAUUUAAGAAGAAAUGUUUCUAUUAGUGAAAUUUCUUUUUUUGUUUUUGAAGCACCCUGUUAUCUAAAGAAUCUCUUUGUAAGAUUUUUGUAAAAAUUUUGUUUUACAAGAUUUUAUUUGAAAUUGUUUUUUGCAAGAUUGUUAUAUUUCUGUAUGAAUGUAUUUUUUAUUGGAAUAACAUAAAAAGAAAUUCUUAUCAGCAUCACGUGUCUGGUUUCGUCUUUCUCCUCUCUGAAGUCCUACACACCAAACGAUGUCAAGUACUAUGUCGAUGCUUUGCCUUGAGUCACCUGGUCGCAGGUACAAACAACUUUGGGUCAGGUCACUUUGUGGAAGACAAGCCCUGAUGAGAAAGUAAUUUUGGCAGUAGAAACUAAAAGUUCUUCCAUAUCUGAAAAGCUGUUGUUCACUCAUCUUUUAUCUCAGCGGAAUAAAUAGUUAACGCGAUUGUUACUGCAA